AUGACUGCCGCGCCAAUGGAUCCGCAGGAGAGUUUCAAUCUGAUCACCAAGAAUUUACAAGAGGUGCUAAAUCCACAAAUUAUCAGGAAUGUGUUGGAAGUGGAGAAGAGACCUCUGAAGUUGUACUGGGGAACGGCGCCCACUGGGAGACCUCACUGUGGUUACUUUGUUCCGAUGACGAAGUUGGCAGAUUUCUUGAAGGCGGGCUGCCAUGUUACUGUGCUACUGGCGGACUUGCAUGCUUUCUUGGAUAACAUGAAGGCACCUUUGGAAGUUGUGAACUACAGAGCCAAAUACUACGAAUUUGCGAUCAAAGCUAUCUUGAAGAGCAUCAAUGUUCCGAUUGAGAAGCUGAAGUUUGUCGUCGGGUCGUCAUACCAGCUAUCUGCAGAGUACACGAUGGACGUCUUUAGACUGUCCAAUAUGGUGUCUCAGAACGAUGCAAAGAGAGCCGGUGCGGAUGUUGUUAAGCAAGUGGCCAAUCCUUUGUUGAGUGGGUUGGUUUACCCUUUGAUGCAGGCGCUGGACGAGCAGUUCUUAGACUGUGACGCUCAGUUCGGUGGUGUGGACCAGAGAAAGAUCUUCGUGCUGGCAGAAGAAAAUUUGCCAAGCCUAGGUUAUAAAAAGAGAGCACAUUUGAUGAACCCGAUGGUUCCGGGCUUGGCUCAGGGCGGUAAGAUGUCUGCUUCCGAUCCAAACUCAAAGAUUGACUUGCUCGAGGAGCCAAAGCAAGUGAAAAAAAAGAUCAACAGCGCAUAUUGUAGUCCUGGUAUCAUUGAAGAUAACGGUCUUUUGGCUUUCAUCCAAUACGUGGUUCGUCCAAUCCAAGAGCUAAAGUUCGGCAGCGAGCAUUUUGAGUUCUUCAUCAAUAGGCCUGACAAGUUUGGUGGCCCAAUCACUUACACAUCGUUCGAGCAGUUGCAGGCUGACUUCAAAGACCAAAAGCUAUCACCACCAGAUCUGAAAACUGGUGUUUCUGAUGCAAUUAUCGAACUGUUAGAGCCAAUCAGAAAGGAGUUUGCAUCUAAUCCAGAAUUUCAGGAAGCGCAAGAGAAGGGUUACCCAGUGGCUCAACCGGAGAAGGUUAAGAAGGCCAAGAAGCCUAAGAACAAGGGAACUAGAUACCCUGGAUCUCAAAACCAAAAUGGCAAGAGCCCUACUGAGGACGGGGAUGACGCUGUUGAAAAGGUCGCAGAGAAAAUAAAAGAAGCUGUUCUUGGGUAG